UUGGAUGGGAAACGAUGCUCUCUACGCGUUGACCAAUCAAGGGGAUUACUCCAUGCAGAUUGACAUGAAGUCCUGCAAUGGCAACUAUUACUACGUGAAGUGGAGAUUGUUCCGUAUUGACAACGAGGCUGCAAAUUACGCCAUAACUGAUAUUAUUGUUGACUCUUACAAUACUUCGACGAAUUACUGGUUGGAGGAGGUUUUAGGAUGGAGAUUUGGAACUAUUGAUAAUCCAGUUUGGAGGUAUUCAGAUAGCUGCCCCGAAAUUCACGGUGGCGGGUGGUGGUUUAAAGAUUGCACUCGCUGGCACCUCACCGGAUAUAUGUCUUGCAAUAUAGGUCAUCCUGGAAUGAAGUUCGUUGCUAUAACUGGAGUGAGCUGCGACGUUGGCUGUAGGCUAGAGGCCGGUACCAUGAAGAUCAGGCGAAACAUUUAAAUUACCAACAUAUAAACUAUAUGGCAAUUUGUAUGGUCUCCACAUUUAUAGACAUGUGACUAGAGUUUUGCACCAUCUUGAUUGAGGGUGAACAAUAGCCGGAUUUUUUAGGUUUUUCAAUUGGUAUUUUAUUGAAAUGUGGUUCUCAGUGUCUUUACUACAGGUUUAAU